AUGACGGCGUCAAGUAGCAUCACGCUAGACAUGUUGCGUCCGCAUUUUGAAGAGCCACUGGCCAAGGUCGCUGCAAGAUUUGGCAUUUGUGUGACUUUGCUGAAAAAGAUCUGUCGACGGCAUGGCAUCGCCCGCUGGCCACACCGCCAGAUCACGGGCUUGCGUAAAAGUAUUGCUUCUAUGGAACAUGCUAUCGGCUACUUCGAUGGUGCUCGACUCGAGUCGUAUGCGGAGCAGUUGGUGAAGCAGAAAAACAAACUCGCAGCGUUGUUGGAAUACCCGACGACGAAUAACCCGCUUCUCGCGACAGAGGAGGACCAACGCGAGCCGAACGCUAAGAGACCGACCAAUGUGUCGCUGUUGCAGGGCGCAGUCAAUGCGCACGAGAUAGCACCUACUUUGAUGACCCGCGUGGCAUCGCCCAGGGGUCCGUUAUUAUUGGAGUCUCCAUGCUAUGGUGCUUCAUCAGGGGCUCUGCCUUUGCAGACAUCGCCAACGUGGCUUCCACCCAUCGAAUUGAGCUACACACCUCAGUAUCAAGACCUCUGUUUUCCGUCAACGCUGAAGCAAUCUCAUCGAGAACUUUAUCCUACUACGAACUUCUGUCCGCCCGAUGUUAGCAAUAAUGGUUUGGCACCGACCAUUCACUUGCCUCCAUUACGACCAGAGCCAAGAGGUGUGCUGCCACCCAUUUCGUCACUUGUAGGUGGCAACAGCUACAUCAGUUCAUCCGCCAUGCCAACGGAAAGCUGGUGA